UUUCCCCAGCGCUGGGCUGAACCCGGAGCCGGGGAACUGAGUUGAUUCUAAGUUCACCACCUGGUUUUCAGGCGGUGGCAGCCGGAGGACGAUCAUGGCGCUGGUCGGUAACCGAGUGGAGCUGGAAGCAGAUGAGGACAUCUUUGAAGAUGCCUUGGAAACCAUCACUAUAUCUCCCUCAGAUAUGGCAACAAGCAACUUUCACUUUGUGUCAUGCGAUACAAAACGGACAUCCAGGCAGCUUGGAGCAUCUGAUGUGAGCAGUUCAUCAUCCAAGGUGGAUCUCAGGAGUGGCCUAGAUGAGUGUGCAGUGGCAUUGAACUUAUUUCUGAGUAACAAGUUUACAGAUGCCUUAGAAUUGCUUCGCCCAUGGGCCAAGGAGAGUAUGUACCAUGCCUUGGGCUACAGUACCAUUGUAGUGUUGCAGGCUGUCAUGACCUUUGAGCAACAGGACAUCCAAAAUGGCAUUUCUGCCAUGAAGGACGCUUUGCAAACCUGCCAAAAAUACAGGAAAAAAUGCACAGUUGUAGAAUCUUUCUCAAGUCUUCUUUCUCGGGGGUCACUGGAACAACUGAGUGAAGAGGAAAUGCAUGCGGAAAUCUGUUAUGCUGAGUGUCUCCUACAGAAAGCAGCUCUCACGUUUGUGCAGGAUGAAAAUAUGAUCAACUUCAUCAAAGGUGGACUCAAAAUUAGAACAAGUUACCAAAUAUAUAAAGAAUGUCUUUCUAUCCUGCAUGUGAUUCAGAAGAACAAACUUGAACAAGAAUUCUUCUAUGAGUUUGAAGGAGGUGUAAAGCUUGGAACAGGGGCCUUUAAUUUGAUGCUGUCCCUUUUACCAGCCAGGAUCAUCAGAUUACUUGAAUUUAUUGGAUUCUCUGGAAAUAGGGAUCUGGGCCUCCUGCAGUUACGGGAAGGUGCGUCAGGACGAAGCAUGAGGUCUCCACUGUGCUGCCUUACCAUCCUAGCUUUCCAUACGUACAUCUCCCUGAUACUUGGUACAGGGGAAGUGAAUGUUGUGGAAGCUGAGAGUCUCCUUGCGCCCUUCCUUCAGCAGUUUCCAAAUGGCUCACUCAUGCUGUUCUAUCAUGCCCGAAUUGAGCUGCUGAAGGGGAAUGCUGAAAAGGCUCAAGAGAUAUUUCGAAAAUGCAUUUCAGUUCAAGAAGAAUGGAAACAGUUCCACCAUCUCUGCUAUUGGGAGCUUAUGUGGAUUUACAUAUUCCAACAAAACUGGAUGCAGGCGUAUUAUUAUUCAGAUCUUCUGUGCAAAGAAAGUAAAUGGUCCAAGGCAACGUAUGUAUUCUUGAAAGCUGCCAUUUUGAGCAUGCUUCCAGAAGAGGAUGUGGCAGUAACAAAUGAGAGUGUGGUCGCUUUGUUCAGACAGGUGGAUGGCCUGAAGCAGAGGAUUGCUGGUAAAUCUCUUCCGACAGAGAAGUUUGCUGUGAGGAAGGCUCGGCGUUACUCCCCCUCCUUACCUGCACCUGUGAAGCUCGUCUUGCCAGCCCUGGAAAUGAUGUAUGUCUGGAACGGUUUUUCAAUAGUGGGCAAAAGAAAAGACCUGUCUGAAAACCUUCUGGUAACUGUUGAAAAGGCUGAGGCAGCUUUGCAAAAUGAAAACUUCAGUGACUACUCUGUGGAUGAUGAGUGCCUAGUAAAGUUACUUAAAGGGUGCUGCCUCAAGAACUUACAGCGGCCCUUGCAAGCUGAGCUGUGUUUCAAUCAUGUUUUGGAAAGUGAAAAGCUCCUGAAGUAUGACCACUACUUAGUGCCAUUCACUCUGUUUGAGUUGGCAUUUUUGUAUAAAAGCCAAGGGGACAUUGACAAGGCUAUAAAGGUCCUGGAAACUGCGAGAAACAAUUACAAAGAUUACUCCUUGGAGUCCAGACUGCACUUCAGGAUUCAGGCAGCUCUGCAUCUCUGGAAGAAAUCGUCAUCAGAUUGAUCAGAACAUGAAACACAGAGUUCCCCAUCAGCACUGGCUUCUGCUGUGGACCAGACUUUGUAUUAAAAUGGAAAUAUGAUCUUGUGAAUAAGAGACAGAAAGCCAGUUUCAUGAUCAAUAUUUUCUAUUGUCUGAAUGGUUUACUGUUAGUCUACAUUGUUUUCCCUUUAUGGAAUGGCAUCUAGAACUAUAUAGGAAGUCUUUAUAUUUUACCUCUUCAAAAGGGAUUUCAUAUUAGAUUUUAUUUGUGGGGUGAGAAGGUCUUUUAAAAGAUAGGUACAACAAAGUCUAGUUAGAUUAUUUAUUUUUUUAAUGUGGAAAUUAAUAUUAAGUAUCAAAUGGCUUUAAAAGUUGAGCCAUUUUUAUAUUUUUAGAUUGGUUGGUUCAUUAAGUUAAGAGAUAUUUUGUUGCUUACUACUUAAAUGUCAGAGGGAAAUAAAUAUCUUAUUAAAAAUGGCAUAGCAAUGAAUCUCAAAGAUUCUGAACGAAAAGAUGAACAGAGGACUUGUACUGGGUUAGGAUAAUGUGCUUCAUCAACCUUUCCAUCUUCAUCGAAGAGACCUGCAUCUAUAACAUACGAUGAAGUUGUAAAUUAAUGGGGUUCUAACCCUUUGUGUUGGUUAAAGGUGGUGACAUUCUUGAGAAUUACCCUGUUUGUGAAUGUACUUGUCUAUUACAAUAAUAACUUUCAACAACAUGGACACAUUUCCUGUGUAUCUAAAGUGAAGAAAGGCCAUAUUUAGAAAUUAUCUUUAACCUUAGUGAUGAAACCUACAGUAUAUACAUUAAUUAUUUUUCUUAUAGGAAGGAGAAUUCCUGUUGCUUUAAAUGAUACACAAAAUCGCAAUGAUUUUUACACUUACAACAUUGCUAAGAUCUCAUUUUCUAACCUCUGUAGCACUGUGAUGGACUGUUCUUGAUUCUCUAACUAGGAAACAGAAUCAGUCGUGGAGCUGCAAGCUCAGCUCUGUGUGGUCCUGGCUCUGCUACUGGUGAGCAGAUAGCCAGAGGCCUUUCUGGAGUCCCCACUCCCUGCACAUCACUAAGUCUUCCUCGUUUGUGAAGUGCAGAAGGAACAGAUGACUUUCAAGUUCUCUUAGUUUGCUAACUGUACAUCUGUAUAUUAGGUAUUUGUUUUCAAAACUAUUCAAUAUUUAAUCCAGACCAUUCCCACUUAGUGUUUUAUUGUUACUUUUCCAUCAUCCUCCCCCAAUCAACUGCUCUUACAUGUACUGUAACUAAGAACCAGAUUCAAUCCACUGAAGAAUACAGUUGAUGAAUCCAUGAA